AUGGCCCCGAGAAUAUCAUGUCUCGUCGACAACGUGCAGCUGCUUCGACGAUCGGCCAAAGACGCAAAGCGUGACGCCAAGCAAUGGGCAGCCUCAUCCGGAGACAGCGAUCCGACGGCCGCACACGUAGAGGAGGGUGGGACCGACGACGCGGGCGUAGAAUCUACAGCGACGUAUCAGUCCAACAGCAUCGGAGACGCGACGCGGCUGAUCGACGUCGUCCGAGGUGCAGUGGGCACAAAUCAAGUGGCGGCCAAGUCGCCAGCGCUCAUGGCGAUGAUGCAGCAGCUCUGUCGGUUUCAGCAAUCAACGCUGUGCUCGGCGGCCGAGCUCGAGGCCACCAUGGAACCCGAACGAGGGGCGAGACGGAUAGACAUGCCGGGGCGGGUAUUUUCCGGGGCCGCACCACCACCGCAGGAUCAGGUCAGGGCCAUCAGGUCGCAGCAGACGAGCGCCUCGAAGGAGAGGGAGAGGAUGAUCCAAGGCAUACAAAGCAUGCCCGCGGCCCGGGAAAGCGACCGCCGCGCCGCGCUGCGGAGGGUGAUGAUCGGCUUCGGGGAGGACGAUGUCGAUAUGACGACGGCCGACUCCGACAACACUGCAGGCGACGCGGACGCGGGAAUGCAGGUCCAACUUGGCCCAUCGACCUCAUUCUCCGCGGCGGGCAGAGAGUUGGCAAAACGACUGACGCUAAACAGAAGGCAGUCGAUUGCCUUCUUAAUUGUAUGCCGCCAGCUCGACUUGACGCGACAAAACGACGGAGGCGACGUCGGCUAG